UCCUCAGACAGGUUGAAUUCUACAGCAGUAUCGAUAGUAGGCUAUGAGUUUCUCUCGUUUGCUUUUGACAACCUGGUAGCCUAAUACUAUUAAUAGCCUAACAACAUCACAAAAAUGUAUAGCAACAAUUACUUCGAGGACGAUGAUUCCAUUUUCAACGAAAUUGAAGACAUUUUAAAUGAUGGCAAAAGUUUAGAAGAUCAGCUAAGAGUAGGUCGGUAUAAGAGAGAUAUGUCUGUCCAAACGAAUGCUUCUGAACUACUGCCUCUUGCAACGCUUAGAGAACAAAAUGCAAGCCUUCGAACGGAUAUGGAAUUACUGAGGAAAGACGUGGCAGUAAAAAUGAAAUGCAUUGAGGCCAAAUUUCAUACUCAGAUACAAAGGGAAGCUAUCGAUUUAUAUGUAUCAAUUCAGAAGAAGGCCAGAGGUGUGGAGGACAUGCACAAAGAGAAAGUAGCAAUGCUUCAAAAAAGUUAUCAACACCAGCUUGUUGAUGCCAUAAACGUAAUAAAUGGCGACUAUAAGAAACGGCAAAUGCGAACAGGAAAUUCAGUCCCGGGUGAUCCAAAUGAUAAACGGAUAGCGGAGGGGCUUUUGGCCAAAAUUGAAGAGAAGAACUUGGAGAUACUCACUUUAACUGAACAAGUGAAGGAAUAUGAGGAAAGGCUUAAUAGCAAGAGCGAUGCAGAGGUGGCCGAUGGCGCUGAAAGAGAGUGGCUGGCGGAGGAGAACACACGGCUGGAAGAUGAGAAUGAAAAGCUGAAAGAUGACAUUUACUCUCUGCACAUAGACCUGGAGCUGCUCCGAGAUGAGCUCGAAGUCAAAGAAAACUACAUUGAAGAUUUAGCCAACAAUUUAAAGCAGCUGACCAUAAAAGCAGAGGAAGAAAGGAAGAAUCUUCAAAAGGUGACCCUGGAAAACAGUCAGUUGAAAGUACAGCUGGAAAUGGAGAGGGAGGCUGGGAAGAAAAAGUUAGACCAACUAAAGAAGGCUAUGGAGAAAGAGAUUAACACUAUUGAGACCAGGCGUAAUGAAGAGGCCCUCGCAGCAAAGAAUAUGAUCGAGCAGCAUCGGCAGGAGAAGAGGGAGAUGGACAAGCAGCAGGAGGCUCAGAACUCCCAGAGGGCCGCAGAGAGAGCCGCUGCCGCUGCCGCUGCCGCAGCACUGGCCAGUAAGGUGAAGGACGCCAAGGAAGACAAGGAGCUCAGCUGCAAGCUGGGGAAACUGGAAGAGAUCAUUGCAGAGCAAAAGGCAGAAAUCCAACGGUACAAGAAAGAACUACGUAUUACAUCUCGAGCAUGGGAGAAGAGAUUUGAAAUUCUAAGGAAAAAUUUUCACGCCAUCAAGGAUGAGAUGUUCUUGCGGAAUAACUUGCAGAGACAAGCAGCUGCCCUACACUACGCCUCUGUUAGCUAUACGCUGGACGUGCCAGGGAAGAACUCUGCUGACCAACCUGGCAAACAGCAUGGCUUUACUGCAGGGACUCCUCUGCCCCACAUAGGUGCUGGGACACAGAGGACCGACCAUACGUCGGGGACCGCGGUGAGCAGUUGCGUGAGUGACCGAGACACACUCUCCUGCAUUGACCAUGAAUUCCAGUCCCAGAAAGAGGAUGAGGAGGAAGAAGACUUUGGUGGUGAUCUUCCUCUUCCCCUGCCACCCCCUCCAAACAGGCAAAUCCCUGCUUUCACUGAGAGUUGACCUAUUAAACAGAUACAACAAA